AUGGCGGAAAACAAAGGAGGUGGCGGCGGCGGGGAGGGGGCUGCCGAGGCCGGGCCGGGCGGCGGCGGCGGCCUGGAGCCCGCGGCCGCCUCCCCCUCCGGCGCCGCGCCGCCCGCGCCCGCCGCCGCGCCGCCUGAGGAGCGGGAGAGCCCGGGCGCGGCGGCGGCGGAGCGCGGUCUCGGGGAGGCCGAGGCCGAGGCGGCGGCGGCGCCCGGUGUCGCUCCUGGGCCGGGCCCCAGCCCGGUGCCCCCGCUGACGCCGGCGGCGCCGGGGCCCUUCUCGCUGCUCGACACCUGCGCCGUGUGCGCGCAGAGCCUGCAGAGCCGGCGGGAGGCCGAGCCUAAGCUGCUGCCCUGCCUGCACUCCUUCUGCCGCCGCUGCCUGCCCGAGCCCGAGCGGCAGCUCAGCGUCCCCGUCCCCGGCGGCGCCAACGGCGACGUCCAGCAAGUUGGUGUAAUCAGAUGUCCAAUAUGUCGCCAAGAAUGCAGACAGAUCGAUCUGGUGGAUAACUACUUUGUAAAAGACACGUCAGAAACACCAAGCAGCUCCGAUGAGAAGUCAGAACAGGUGUGUACAAGCUGUGAAGAUAAUGCUAGUGCUGUUGGGUUUUGUGUAGAGUGUGGGGAAUGGUUGUGCAAGACUUGCAUAGAAGCUCAUCAGCGGGUAAAAUUUACUAAAGAUCAUAUGAUCAGAAAAAAAGAGGAUGUCUCUUCGGAGGCCGUGGGAGCGUCUGGUCAACGUCCUGUUUUCUGUCCUGUCCACAAACAAGAGCAGUUAAAACUUUUCUGUGAAACAUGCGACAGGCUGACAUGCAGAGACUGUCAGUUACUGGAGCACAAAGAACACAGGUACCAGUUUCUGGAAGAAGCUUUUCAGAACCAGAAGGGUGCAAUUGAGAACCUAUUGGCCAAACUUCUGGAGAAGAAGAAUUAUGUAAAUUUUGCAGCUACCCAAGUUCAGAAUAGGAUAAAAGAAGUAAAUGAAACUAACAAACGAGUAGAACAGGAAAUCAAAGUGGCUAUAUUCACCCUCAUCAAUGAAAUCAAUAAAAAAGGAAAAUCUCUCUUACAGCACCUUGAGAAUGUAACAAAGGAGAGACAGAUGAAGUUAAUACAGCAACAAAAUGACAUCACUGGUCUUUCGCGACAAGUGAAGCAUGUGAUGAACUUUACUAAUUGGGCUAUUGCAAGUGGCAGCAGUACUGCUUUGCUGUACAGUAAACGGCUGAUAACAUUCCAGUUACGUCACAUUUUGAAGGCACGUUGUGAUCCUGUCCCAGCUGCCAAUGGAGCAAUACGCUUCCAUUGUGACCCUACGUUCUGGGCAAAGAACGUCGUCAAUUUAGGUAACCUUGUCAUUGAAAAUAAACCAACUCCUACUUACACUCCUAAUGUAGUGGUUGGACAAGCUCCUCCAGGAACAAACCACAUCAACAAAGCUCCAGGACAAAUCAAUCUAGCGCAGCUUCGACUUCAGCACAUGCAGCAGCAAGUGUAUGCGCAAAAGCACCAGCAGCUGCAGCAGAUGAGGAUGGGGCAGCCAGCUGGGUCUGUCCCCAGGCAGACGAGCCCGCAAGUCUUACAGCAGCAGCCUCCCAGGUUGAUCAGCAUGCAGACCAUGCAGAGGGGUAACAUGAACUGUGGGGCUUUCCAAGCACAUCAGAUGAGAAUGGCUCAGAAUGCUGCUCGUAUACCAGGAAUACCACGCCACAAUGGACCACAAUACUCCAUGAUGCAACCUCACCUUCAAAGACAACAUUCUAACCCUGGGCAUGCGGGGCCUUUUCCAGUUGUUUCUGUGCACAACACCACUAUUAAUCCAACUAGUCCUACUACAGCAACAAUGGCGAGUGCAAACCGUGGUCCGACAAGUCCGUCCGUCACAGCGAUCGAACUCAUUCCUUCUGUAACAAACCCAGAGAAUUUACCUUCCCUGCCGGAUAUCCCACCCAUCCAGCUUGAAGAUGCUGGUUCAAGUAAUUUGGAUAACCUUCUAAGCAGAUACAUUACAGGCAGCCACCUACCCCCACAACCUACAAGUACCAUGAAUCCCUCCCCAGGACCUUCAGCUCUAUCUCCAGGGUCAUCAGGUUUAUCCAACUCCCACACUCCUGUGAGGCCACCUAGUACCUCCAGCACAGGUAGCAGAGGAAGCUGUGGCUCCUCGGGCAGAACUGCUGAGAAAACUAGUGUUAACUUCAAGUCUGACCAAGUGAAAGUCAAGCAAGAGCCAGGGACAGAGGAAGAGAUAUGCAGUUUCUCAGGAACAGUAAAACAGGAAAAAACAGAGGAUGGCAGAAGGAGCGCUUGCAUGCUUAGCAGUCCUGAGAGCAGCUUGACACCACCACUGUCCACUAACUUGCACCUGGAAAGUGAAUUAGAAGCAUUAGGAAGUCUUGAAAAUCAUGUAAAAACUGAACCAGCAGAUUUAAGUGAAAGUUGCAAACAGUCCGGACACAGCCUUGUAAAUGGGAAAUCCCCAGUGCGGAGUCUAAUGCACCGAUCAGCUAGGGUUGGAGGAGAAGGCAAUAACAAAGAUGAUGAUCCGAAUGAAGACUGGUGUGCUGUAUGCCAAAACGGAGGGGAUCUGUUAUGUUGUGAAAAGUGUCCAAAAGUGUUUCACCUGACUUGUCACGUCCCAACACUCCUCAGCUUUCCAAGUGGAGAGUGGAUAUGUACAUUCUGCAGAGAUCUGAGCAAACCAGAAGUGGAAUAUGAUUGUGACAACUCACAACACAGCAAGAAGGGGAAAACAGCACAAGGCCUGAGUCCUGUGGACCAAAGGAAAUGUGAACGUCUCCUGCUUUACCUGUAUUGUCAUGAGCUGAGCAUUGAAUUUCAAGAGCCAGUUCCAGCCUCGAUACCAAACUACUAUAAAAUCAUAAAGAAACCAAUGGACUUAUCUACAGUGAAAAAGAAACUGCAAAAGAAGCAUUCCCAACACUACCAGACUCCUGAGGAUUUUGUGGCAGAUGUCCGGUUGAUCUUCAAGAACUGUGAAAGGUUUAAUGAAAUGAUGAAAGUUGUUCAAGUUUAUGCAGAAACACAAGAGAUUAAUUUGAAGGCUGAUUCAGAAGUAGCGCAGGCAGGGAAGGCAGUUGCAUUAUACUUUGAAGAUAAACUUACAGAGAUCUACCCAGACAGGACCUUCCAGCCUUUGCCUGAAUUUGAGCAGGAAGAGGAUGAUGGUGAAAUAACUGAGGACUCCGAUGAAGAUUUUAUACAACCACGUAGAAAACGCCUAAAAUCAGAUGAGAGACCAGUGCAUAUAAAGUAAUCUAAUGAUAUGGACCCGAAACUUAUUGUAAAAAACUGUUAUUUAAGUGUUCCUGGAAUAUUAUCAUGCCUACAGUGGCCAUCUUGAAGAAGCUGAUAGCUUUUUAAACAGUAUUAGAUUACAAAAACACUUGUACAGAAAAGCAUUCUCAUCAAAAGGGGAAGAAAACCUGUAUUGUAAAUUUUUGGUGUUUUUUUUUUCCUUGAUUAUUUGCUAUAUUCUUUCUUUUCCUGAUGGAGGGGACACGCUCAUCCUGGUCUCACAGACAGAGGUGGAUGAAUGUUGAAGAGAAGCAGAUUUGAUAAGCGAUGUUCCGUGUACACAUAAGACGCGUGGUGAAACGUUCCGCUGGACUGGAGCGAUGCAGUUUGUGUCUCGUGUUCGUGCUGGACUGCAGGGCAAACUGUGAGCAGUGUUCCCGAAAUCCCCUCUGUGUGUCGACUUCAGUGCGUGUUGGUCAUGGCUUUUAUCAUCUCAUUUAAGCGGUAUUGUGAAUAACUGAUCUUCUGUGUUGAUCUGAUUAUCUAAAUUUGACUUUCGUUACUACAUUUUCUGUAUAGCAAAAGGAAAAAAAAAUCAUUAAACUGUUCUGAAUUGGCAAGUGCAGGAGUGUGAGUUCUUGACAGAUGAAAGACUAAACCGGUGGCAGCAGUCCCUUUCAGUAGGGUGAGGUGUUUUUGUUGCGAGUCCUGUACACAGAACAUUUUAAUGGCGUUGCAGAAGUCUCAGCGUUGUGCCAUCUGUCCCUGGUCCCCCUAAUGAGGCAGAAUGUUCUCUCCAGUAUUCGUUGUGUGAUUUUCUGUACUUAAAGUAUAGACUGAAGAGGUAAUAACUGAUUGGGGUGUUUUUUCCAGUCUUCCUAAAUAUCGGUUUCUAAUAGACCACUCGGCAAACAAUAACCUAUUAACUACCAAAUGUGUAAAAUUUCCUGUAUUCACUUUGUCUUAUUUGUAAAUAGUGAAUUGAGAUUUCUUGCAGGUCAGCAACAUUUGCUGAACUGUUUUUAAGCUAAUGUGUAUUCUUAUUAAUUGUUCCUAUCAAGAAAAGAUUUGUAAUAUAUGCUAUUUCUAACAUUGCAUUCAUUUUGAAGUUCUGUCUUAUUUUUAUUAGAGUACUACUCAGAACUUUCUUCAGAAGCAGCUUAUGAGUGAAAUGUCUAGAAAGAUUGGAAUGAAUCUGUUGAGAUUGGGUUACUUGUCCAUCCAUUGGACAAAGCGCUUGCACAGACCAGGAUUUGGCUUUGAGUGGUUUCUGGACAAAAUUUUAACCGGAACAAUUUCCCUGUUUCCCUGAACCCUGUGCAGGCCUCUGCAGUGCCUUCAUUGCACGCUGCCUUCGGUCCAGCAGCUCUGGUCAGACAUGAGGUCAUCACGAGGUCAUUGCAGUUGGAACGGUUGUUUCCUUUACUGACAGAAAUCAAUACUAGAAAUAAUAACUGUAGUUUCUGGCCUUCAUAUAGAUCUUGUUAAAGGAGGAUGGAGAAAUCAUGUAAUUGGGUGAGGUCAAGUUGACAGACUAUAAAUUUGCCGUAAGAUUUUUGUCUGAAUACAGCAAUUCUGUGGUAAAUCACCAGGGUUUUGGUAUACUCGGCGUGAACAAUUCCUGUGACGUUGUAUACGCUUUACCAUAGUGGUAAAGGUAAAUAUUUUAGCACAAUGUAUCAAAUUGAGAUAUGCUCUCAGCAAUUUUUAUGCAGAUCACUUAAGAUUUGAUUUCUUUUUUAUAAGAACAAAGUAUAUGUACAUUGUGACUGUACCUCUCUUACAAUAAAAAAGGGGACUGAAGGUAUUUGUAACUUCAAGCUCACUACUUUAGAUUACACAAAUGUUACACUUAAACUGUUUGGGUUUUUUUGCAUUUCUCAGACAUUAACACAGUGCCAGUUUAAAAUUUAUUUUUUACCACUCAGUACGUGAAAGGAAAAGUAAUUCUACUUAAACAUACUAAAUUGACAAAAAGCAAAAACUUUGCCCAUAGACAGGAUGACGUGUGUGAAUAGGAUAGUAACAAGGGAUCAUUUAACGGCUCUGUGUAUUUGCCUAUUUAUGCAUUUCUAGUUUCUCAGCUUCAUUUUGCAAAGGAAUGUUAUUAAAAUUAUCAUGAAAAUAAGCUUUUUUUGUGAAUUCUC